GCUGAGUGCUGCCGCAGGCCUUCAAAUUCCCAUCUACACCAAUCCGCCAUGCGGUUCCGCGACAAGCCGGCGUUCUGGGGUCUUAUGUAACUCCAGUAUCAAACUUAUCUUAUCAAUCUCAUCACUUCUCCCUUCUUCAUUUUUGCUUUCUUCAUAGAUCGAGUCCUUCGCCCACACUCUUCUGCGCCCCCCUCCCCCUUCCGCUUUUGCCCCUUUCACUGCCUUCAAGCCCAGCAUGGCGAGCGAGCCUCAACGCAUCCGCGACGGCACCAGCAUCGAAGAUGAAGCGAUCCCACUGGAGGACAGGCGCAUGCUCAUCCUUUACGGAUCCGAGACCGGCAACAGCCAGGAUUUGGCAGAAGACCUUGGGCGGCUGGCUGAAAGACUACACUUUCAGGUAUUGGUUGGUGAGAUGAACGACGUCGAGCUCACUACCUUAUUGCAAUAUCCCCUGACUAUAUUCGUCAUCUCCACCACCGGUCAGGGUGAGCUACCUAAAAACACGCUUAGGUUCUGGAAGAGCCUCCUUCGCAAACGCCUACCACCGGACUGCCUCCAGAGCCUCAACUUUACCACUUUUGGCCUUGGCGAUAGCUCAUACUCCAAGUACAACUGGGCAGCGAAGAAGCUUCACAAACGCCUCAGCCAACUUGGUGCGACCGAGUUCUUCCCACGUGGUGAGGCUGAUGAGCGUCAUGAAGACGGAAUCGAUGGCACUUUCUUGCCUUGGUCAUUAAGCCUACACAGCCAUCUUCUGCAAGAAUACCCCCUACCCCAGGGCCUGUCACCAAUACCAUCAGAUGUACAGCUUUCCCCUAAGUUCACGAUAGAGCUAGCACCCACAAUGGAUUCUCCGGAUAAACCAAUGUCGGAUCGUGACAAGCCCCAGGAUGAGGUCGCAGGCAUUGCAGAUCCAACUUCCAGCACCUCAUUACCUGGCACAGACGUUACCAGCCAGUCUCACCAACAAAUCCAUCAGGAGCAGGUCCUUGACCGAACCGCAGCACUUUUCAGCCAUGUUGAUACUCCUCACCCGCGAGGCAUGGAGCUAGCUUUGCGGUCAGAAAGGAUGUCUCCAUAUAGUGAUACUUAUGCUGCCCGCCUAUCAGAGCAUACAGCCAGCCUGAUCCAAGGCGGGAUCGACACGUUAGACCGACCUAAUGUACUGAGAGAUGACCCAGAAAAAUACUCUCUAGAGGUCUCAGCGAGUGCCAAGGAGGUCGCGCCUCCACCGGAUCUCCUCCCGAUCCCUGACGCCUGGUUGGCAGUCGUUCACGACAAUCACCGUGUAACUCCUAAUACUCACUGGCAAGAUGUUCGGCUCAUAACCCUCGGUGUUCAGCCCCGGGCAUCAAUAGGCCCUACGGAGAAGAAAGACUACUUCGCUUAUCUACCAGGUGACACAGUUGUUCUGUACCCUAAAAACUUCCCUGCAGAUGUGCAGGCGUUGAUUGACCUCAUGGGUUGGCAAGACGUCGCCGAUAUUCCCCUUGAGCACCACGGAAAGCAAAACCAGGGGCUCUACUCCCGACCUAGAAAUUGUUUCCCGCUAUCCAACAGCACCUUACGGCAGCUCCUUCUUAAUAACUACGACAUCAAUGCUAUACCAAAACGCAUAUUUUUCCAUGAUAUCGCCUUCUAUACGGUGGAUUCCAUGCAUAGAGAGCGGCUUAGGGAGUUUGCAAAUCCUGGCCACUCUGAUGAGUUCUACGACUACACGUCCCGACCCCGACGGUCCAUUUUAGAGGUGCUUCACGACUUCCCAUCCGUAAAGAUACCAUACCAGCAUGUCCCGUCCAUCUUUCCCACUAUCAGAGGCCGAGAGUACAGCAUAGCAAGCGGGGGUAAACUGAUUAAGAGUCGGGAAAACGUAGAGUGCGCUCGAGUGGAAUUGCUGGUGGCGUUGGUGAAAUACAAGACGGUGCUGCGAAAGACCCGGCAGGGGCUCUGCUCCCGCUACGUGGAAUCCCUCAGCCCGGGUACGAAUAUCAUGAUAUCACACAGACAACGAGAUUCACUGAAUCCGGGCCUUCACCACAAGCCGCUGUUGGCAAUUGCCCCGGGCACCGGCAUUGCACCAGUGCGUGCUUACCUCUGGGAUCGACUGCAAGAAUCUCCGGCCGGGCCGGUUGCGGUGUUCUUUGGCGGGCGGAAUCGCAAGGCAGACUUUUACUUCGAGAAUGAAUGGGCCGAGCUCCAGGCCAAGGUCUUCACGGCCUUCUCUCGAGACCAGAAGGAGAAGAUAUACGUGCAAGACCGCAUCCGCGAGCAGGCGCCACUGGUCUGCCAGUACAUCGAGAGGGGAGCGAUCAUCUGCAUAUGUGGUAGCUCCGGAAAGAUGCCCGAGGCGGUUCGAUUGGCCCUCUACGACGCCAUGGUCGCCGGGCAGCUCGUGCCCGACCGCGAGGCCGCGAAGGCGUGGUUGUCGACGAAAAACCUAAUCUGGGAAGAGGUUUGGUAAUGCCUAGUGGGUGCUGUUCCAGGACGAAGGGGGAUACCGCCACGCAUAGGGUCGCGGAUGCUUCCCCUAGCCGCAGGUUCCUGUGUCCUCCUCUAACAUAGACGCAAUAUACACCAUCACGCGUGCACGAUUUGACCUGAACGCAAGUGCCCGUUUUCCGGAUCUAAUCAUAUUUGACUCUCGUCUAUACACCGGAUACCUAUGCCCAAUAGACCGAAUCUGCGUUGAGGCCACAGCAGCUGGUCGGGUGUAUUUGCUUCCGGAUAUGACUUGGUCGUAAACACACCUAGCUUGGAUAGGUAGACUUAACUGUGAGCACUAUCCGGUACCUCCCUGACGUAUUAAAAGUUGACGUGUAUACAUUAAAAGGUCAUCAAGAGUUCCC